AUGAAGGCCGCCGCAUCAAAUGUGAAACACGUCAAAUUGGAACUCGGCGGCAAGUCCCCCCUGGUCAUUUUCGCCGAUGCCAACUUUGAGGAAGCUGCUCAGACAGCUCACGAAGCCACCAUGAUCAACCAUGGACAGUGUUGUGUCGCCGCGACGCGCACUUUUGUUGAGGCCCCUAUUUAUGACAAAAUGGUGAAACGAUUGAAGGAGCUGGCUGAGAAACGGAAGGUCGGCGACCCCUUUGCCGUUGACACUAUUCAAGGCCCUCAGGUAGAUGGAACUCAGUUCAACAAAAUCAUGUCCUACAUCGAAGCCGGCACAAAACAAGGGGCGCGAUUGGUGACCGGAGGUUGUCGAAUCGGGACGAAAGGCUACUACAUCCAGCCCACCGUUUUUGCCGAUGUGACUGACAAUAUGUUGAUUGCGAGGGAGGAAAUAUUCGGUCCUGUUCAGUCGAUUCUGAAGUUUGACACGGUAGACGAAGUGAUUGAUCGCAUGAACAGUAGCGAUUAUGGACUUUGUGCCGGAGUCUUCACCAGUGAUAUAGACAAGGCUAUGCGUAUAGCUCAAGUUUGCGAGUGUGGAAGCUUCUGGUAG